UCUAAACAGGAACCUGAUAGGACCCGUUCGUGCCAGACCCGAUUACCCCGUGUUCAAUUUGUUCAUCUUGCUCUGUUACUCCUGUCCAAUGGUAAAGAUUUACCCUUUGAUUAACCCUGCAAAUUGGCUACCCUUAGAACGCAUUUAGUUGGCUCGUGCAGUACAGAAUUCAUCGUUGAUUUGUGGAACCGUUGGGAGUUCGUCCAGAAUUGUACACGGGAUUGGGUGGGAUUUCGUAAUAGUCCGUUAGAUCUUUGUCGUUUUUAUUGUUUUUACCGGAAAUGCCUUAAACGUUAUCCAACAACCUGAUGACACAAAUGGAAACCAAAACGGCUAUUACUUUCUCAGUUGACGUCCAGCGCUUGAACUGAGAAAAAAAUAAAAUGUUGAGCGUGAAGUGCGUGAAAAUCACGACAGCAGCCAUGCCAUUUCUCGUUCUGUUCCUACUUUUGCCGAUCAUUUUGAAAGUGAGUAAAGAAUCUGGUCGGCCACUUUCGUGUUACAACUGUUGGGCGGAUAAAGUCGAAGAAAAUGACACGAGCCUCUGGGAUCGACCGUGGUGUUUGCUGGAUCAGACGCAGCCGGAAGCCUUGGCCGAAACGGUCGUUUGCCAGCCGUCUGAAUCCUAUUGUGGCAUCUAUUAUCACGAGAAACGAGACAAUGAAGGCGGUGUAGCGUCUGCCGUCUUUGUCCGCGGCUGUCAAGAAGAUCGUCAACGGCCCAGUCUCUUCAUCGGAAAUUUUCAGUCCAUCAUCUACGGAACACCAGAUGGCCGGAAUAUCUUGGUGGCCGACCCUCUGCGCAACACCAGUCACAGUUAUUGGGCCUUCGACCAGGCCUGUUCGACUCCGCUCUGCAAUUCCUGGAAUGAUCACAGACGCCAGUGGGACUGGAUCGAUUAUUUGAAAGAGGCCUAUACAUUUCACUGCCCAGGAUUACCGGCUAAAAUCGUCCCAUAGAAAAAACGACUGGAUUCUUCUCCUUCAUUAUCCGUUAACGAACAAGAAUGGAUCAAUUAAAUAACGCUAAUGGACCGUGUAAAAUUAGAAAAUUGUUCAAAUGAAAUUUGGAACUCGGUCAAACAGAACAGACUAUAAACAUUUUUGAGGUUG